AUGGCAGCGGCUGGCAGGAUCUCCUUGGGGGUGCGCUCCUUCAGCACUAGUGUGACCAGACCAGUCUCCAAGCUGGUUAGGCCCCCAAUCCAGGUUUAUGGCCUGGAAGGUCGCUAUGCCAACGCUCUCUACUCUGCUGCUUCCAAGGAGAAGAAACUGGAUCAGGUGGAAAAGGAACUGAACAGAAUGUCGGUACUUUUUAAAGAACCCAAAUUAUCUGUCAUCAUUACUAACCCCCAUGUGAAGCGCUCCCUGAAACAGAAGACUAUUACUGAUCUCGUAACAAAGGAGAAGUUUUCCCCUAUCAUGGCCAACUUUGCCAAUUUGCUGGCUGAGAACGGUCGUCUUAAUAACGCUUCUGAUGUGAUUAACGCCUUCAACAAGAUCAUGAGCGCACAUCGAGGAGAGGUGCUGUGCUCUGUCACUACAUCUUCACCUCUGGAUGAAGCAGGUUUGACAGAAUUGAAGUCUGCCCUGAAUCUCUUCCUUGCCAAAGGAGAAUCUUUGAAAUUGGAGACCAAGACGGACUCCACUAUCUUGGGAGGAAUGCUUGUCAGCAUUGGUGACAAAUACAUCGACAUGUCUACCAGAACCAAGAUCCAGAAACUGAGCAAGAUCAUGAGAGAUACUGUCUGA